AUCCUUCGCGCAAGUUGACUUGGCUGCUUUGGUCGACAAGAACGACUGACAAUCUCGACGAUGCCGAGCGCGACGCCAAAGAAGUCCGAAAAAGCAACGCCUACUUCUGCUUCUGCCGGAGCAGGAGGAACAGGGGCAGGGGCAGGGAAGAGAAAGAGGCCGCGCAAGUCGAAAAAGAGGACGACAGGGGUGGUCUCGGAUUCGAGCGACGAUGAUGAAUCGAGCGAUGAGGAAGACGAAGCUGCACCGGCGCAGCAAGUGAAGAAGGCAGCGUCCAAGAAGCAAUUUGAGAGCGACAGCGACAGUGAUAGUGAUAGCAGCAGCAGCAGCAGCAGCAGCAGCAGCAGCGACUCUGAGUCGGAAGAGGAAGUCAAGGAAUCGAGAGGCAGCAAGAGAAAACGGAAGAGAAAGAGAGCGUCGGACAAAAACCAGGUCAAGAAGGUGGAGGAAUCAGCCACUGUGGCGAAGAAGGCGGAGCCUAGAAAUGAAGGGGCAACGAGGGAGCAGAUCCAGCAACUCGGGGAGCCAGAGGAGGACGGAGCGUUGGGGGAACCUGCUAAGCGGGCGCUCGAGUAUGCACGGCAAUAUCAUCUCGAUCGACCUGCGUGGAAGUUCAACAAGGCUCGGCAGCUCUGGCUUAUAAGGCAUGCUCUGAGCAUGCCUACCUCUGAAGGCCUAUCCGCCAAUCCCAGUGAGGAUGUUGCGAAUAAGGAAGCUGUUAGCAAGGAGAAUAAGGACCCUUCAAAGGAAGAAGAGGAAGAGGAGGAGGAGAUUCCGCCUUUCUGGACAGACAGAUGGACAGUCUUGGCGGGCAGCUACCUGGCGACAGUACAGGGUGGUGCAAAAGAGCGCCUCAUCGGUUCGCUCCGUGAGGCUGCGACGGCCGAGAUCCCUGCCAUUCCUCAACGAGCAACAGCAGAAGCAGAAGACUCUUUCGCGACAUCAGCCGCCGACGAGAAGAGCAAAAGCGUGUCCUUUGGAGACUUGGCCAUGACCAAGGAAGCAAAGGAUGCAGCAGACGGUCCCUCAGACGCUGAUAUUGCCCUGGCCCAAGAGCAGGCUACCUUGGUCAAGAAGCGCAAGGCAAGAGCCCAGCAGCUUCUUCAGGCAAUGGGCGAGUCUUUGUGAGGAUGAAGACCAAAUUGUAGUGUACUUCUAGCAUUUUUGCAUCCCCGUCGAAUAUAAGCCUCUCUACAGCAUGGAUCACUUCUUGACGAUAAUCGACCUUUUCUUAAAGCCUGAUUCGUUUCUUUUGCUUCAUGAUUU